AGGACUGUAGUGCUGUCCCAGACCGACUUGGCAUACUCUCUUCACCAAGCACGGGUCCAGUCCCACAGCUGUGGUCCACUGCACGGCGAGGACAUGCACCCAGCAUCUACGACCCUACAGUAUUCUGGCUUGAGUCCUGUAACAAUGAUGAAUACAUGAAUGCUGGCCACUACUGUUGCAAGAUGUGCCCUGCAGACCAAGAAAUGGUACGAGAGUGCUCCCCAACCAAUGACUGGAAAUGUGAGUGCAAACAAGGCUACUUCUCUGAGGACAUUGGGUGUUUGGAAUGCUGCACGCCAUGUGAUAAGUGUCCUGAUGGGACCGGCAGUCCUGCAGGAAUGCAAUGCCUUAUCAAACACAGUCUGCGGAGUGGCUCAUUCAGACCCUGGGUGCAUACUAGUCUGUCUAACAGCAAAACUAAUAGUAACAGUUCCUUGAGAAGAACAGAAGGCGUCCUGGUUGAAGAUAACAGCAGUGAUUUGCAGGACACAUUGAGUGCAGAUCUGGCAUGAGGAUGGCUCAUUCAAGUGUAACACAGAUGGAGAUGACACUCCUGACCAGGGUCAGCUCUUAGAUCACCUAUGUGGGAGGUAAGGGAGCAGCUGCUCAAGGAGCUGCCUGUGUUGUCAGUACCUGAGAAUUAGGUAGCUAUUCUAAUGCCCAGAUGGGAACCAAAGCCCUUAUAGACAGGUAGGAUCUUCUUAUUUUCAAAAAUCGAUUUAUGAUGGGGAAACUGAGACAUAGACAUGAGAAAGCCAAAAAUAUGCAAGGGAUACUUUGGUAUUUGUUAUGCUUGUAUCUAGAUGAACCUCACCCUUUGCAACCUCAAAAUUGCAAAAGGCUUUUGCUUUGAGAAAAGAGCCCCAGAGCUCCCUGCUGCAGAAUGGUGUCAGUCUAAGGACAUUAUCCUCAGGAUGGGUUUUGUAGUGCUCAGCGGUCCAGAAAACAGAGAAGGAAAGCUGGCUACUGCUCCAGCUGGUAGCAGACCUUGCAGGCGUCGCUGAUUUUAGGUGCAUUCAAAAUGCAAGAGUUGUGUGAUCAGGAUGGCCUGCCCAGAUUUCAGAACGUCUGGGAGGCCAGGCAGUGUGCCCCUGAGACAGCAGUGUGCGAAACUGUGAAUGUGAAGCAUAAAAUGCGCUGGACACCCCAGAAGACUGCAGAGGCCAGGAAUUUGGAUCACCUGAGUGGGGAAAACUGCCAGGAGUGAGCCAAGCUUGCCCAUGCUGGAAGCCAGGAGAACUGCAACCACCCACAGUGCCAUAUGGUAGAGCCACUCAAGCCCUUGGGAGUUGACAUCUCUUCUCACGGAUUACACAGGAUGCUGGACUGGGUACUAUGGAAUUUAAUGUGUGCCAUGCUGGGUUUAGUUCUUGCUUUCCCAUUUCUUUCUAUUCCCCUAUUUUUACCUUCUGGAUUAACAGUGUUUAUCUUGUGCCAUUGUAUGUUGGAAGUGUGUGGCCCACUGGGCAUCAUGCCUACUUUGCCAUAAAGGUACAUUACUGUGUGUAUAUAAUACCUACAUUUAUUCUUUAGAGUAUUUCUACUGAACAAUUAUUAACUUUAAUUUUAUGAGUUUUAAUAUAUUAAACAAUAUAUGGAACAGAAAACAAUAACAAAAUGUAAAGGUUUGCUUUUUAAAUAUUUAUUGAAUGUUUAUAAAAAGGCAUUAAAAUUUUGAAUAUCACA